CAUUUAAAACACAUGUUACUGCUCUUUGGCUGUGUGGGGUUUGGCAGCUCCAGAGGAAAAGACACUGAUAGGGGAUUUAACAGGCAGGGGGCUUGAUCACUUGACAAACAGACAUUAAAAAGGAAGACGCGAACACACAAGCAAAUAAAAAGGCGUGCUUUGAGGCAGCAGGACCAGGCAGCAGUGGGAGAAACGUAAGAGCAGACACCAAGACAGUCAGCUUCUCAUAGCUUUUUCAGAAUCAGCCCACAUCUGAGGCGAAGGAAUUGCGUGGCUACUCCUCCACCUCAGGGCCUUUUUACACGGACCAACCACAGCAGGAUCUGGAGAACUGAGGACUGACCCAGGGGGAAGUUUAACAUACAGAUAUUGUAACCACUGAAAUUUGCAGUUAACAGACGUCAGGAGGUGGAAACAUAAAAAAAAGUAAAGAGAGAACACAGGGGAAUUUGUUCAGAUCAUCUAGAUUAAAGGCCCUGAAAUAUCUCACAGGGCUGCAGUCCAUUUGGACAAAAGACAGUGUCCUCAUAAGAAGUCUUUAAGGGAAUCUUAACUUUUGUUUUUUCUGAAGUAAUUUUCAACUUCUAACUUCUAGUAGCCUCGUUAUUUAACUGGACUCCUCCAGGGUGCGCAUCAAAGCCUCUGCAGUAAGAGGUGCAUGUUUUAAAGCCUCUUUAGCCUCCAUUUGGUUCGUCAGUGUCUGGUUUGCUGUGACAGGUUACGCCUGGCUUAAGACACACACACACACACUCUCUAGUGCAGCUGGAAGAUCAAGAGUCUGUGUUGCACAUACCUGCACCGAGCGGACUGAGUGUGUGUGGUCUGAGAGACUCAGCUGGUCUGGGGAAACGGAGUCAGAGAAGCAGCCAGCUCUAAGUGCUUUCUGCCAGCAGUAAAAAAGGAGGCAAGUCCAUACUGCUAAGUGCUACUCAGAGAAAGUGACCUGGGCCAAGGGAUGAUGAUGAAGACGAGACGGACUCUGUGCAGAAUCUCGUGCUUGGUGACUCUGUUGGUGGAGCUGAGCUGGAUAAAUGUGGGCCACAGCAUGCACAGAGAGGGAGGAAGCAGGGUUAAAAGGGAGUGGGAAAAAAAAGUGCGUUCCGCCUCCAGCUUAGAUGAACUGCUGAUGCUCGCAGACUUUCCAGACUGGAAGCUGUGGAAGUGUCGUCUGAGACUGCAGCAGCCAGAGACCCUCUCUUCUCCACCUUCAGUCGGCUCACACCGCUCUACACGUUACGCUGCAGAGUCUUACAGUCUGGAGAUACUUAAUGCCAUAGAUGAAGAGUGGCAGCGGACUCAGUGCAUGCCAAGAGAAACGUGUGUCGAUGUGGCCAAAGAGCUUGGCACCGACCCCUCAAUGUUCUUCAAGCCACCUUGUGUAGCCGUCCACAGGUGCAGUGGCUGCUGUAAUCAAGAGGGUGUUACCUGCAGAAACACAACUACUGUGUAUGUGAAUAAAACUGUCCUUAGUGUCAUCCCAUUCAAGUUUGUACCAGAACCUGUGUUAAUAAAAGUAGCUAAUCAUACAGAGUGCAAGUGCAUGGAGCCAGCAAUAAUACGACGUAACGCUCAACCUCACAGAAGUAGUGGCUGCUCUCCGACGGGCCAGCCAGAGGCAGAGGACUCCAGGAGGCUGUGUGCCAGUGGCUUGAUUUGGGAUUGUUCCACUGACAGAUGCAUACCUUACCCUUCCAGUACACCAGACUUUCCACUCAGUUCAUGGAUGCCUGACUGUGAGAUAGAUGUGGAACGAUGUGACUGCCUUCCUCGACCUGUGCCAACUCUCCAGCGCUGUCAGCUCAACUCUUCCAUCUGUGCCGACAGGCAUCAACGUUUUCAUAAAGCCUCCUGCAGAUGCAAAUAGCCCAGGUAGAAGUCCACUUGUGAAAUAAACCACGACAACCUGCUCACCAAGGAUGUUUGGAGGCAGAGAAAAAAGGCUAAUAAUUUAUUUACAGUCCUAUUUAUGCUGAUCACUUUAACUAAUUAAGAUUAUAUUAACUCACAUGACCAUGUUAACUGAUUUUUUUAACAUGCUUACCUUAUGUUUAAAUCAACGUGUAAAGUUUAUGGUGUUUAUGAUUUGUACAUUUGUUCAUAUGGCACUGAUUAUGUAGUUUAUAU